AUGGACAUGAGAGUAAAGAAGGCUGGAAUCAGUCAGCACCGCAACGGAUGCCAUCCAGCAUCAGACGGUGACUCGGAUUACUGGGCCGAAAGCCCAGGAUGUUUUGCACACAUCAUUAAUCUUGCAUGCAAAGAAGUGAUAUCUGCUGUAACAGCAUUAAACGGUGUCUUAUUUUCAGAUUUUGUUCUAGAAAAUUUAGACAUUGAACGUGAUCCCAUUGCUGCAACUAGGGCAUUGAUUCGGGUGGGUAUCGAAAAAUUCCUUGAUAAGCAAGAUUUCGCUGAGCUGAGGCAGUAUAAGCUUUCCGAUGAUGAAUGGAAAGCAUUGCAUAUCAUUCAUCAGAUUCUCGUGUUUCCUGAUGCAAAUCCCGCAAUCAAAGAGGGACUUUGCAAAUUAAAGACUUAUCGUGGAUGUACUGAGGUUGUUCCAGCAUAUACAUUGGCUACAAUCCUCAAUCCAAACAUGAAACUUCGCUGGUAUACUCGCUAUAUGCCUGAAGAAGAAGAAGCGAGACAGUUGUUUAUCAGGACACUUCGUGAUUAUCGCUGUUCCGCAACCAUGCCACCGACACCUGUGCGACCGCUUAAUCCUACGCGGUCCACAUGGGCAGAUGAUCUCCUUGGCGACAAUCUUUUCGACAUGACUCUUCAUCCACAAGGCCUUGAAGCAGAGUUCCGAGCUACUAAAAAGGGAAAGCUGGUCAAAGCCAACUGGAGCCGAGCGGAGCCGAGCGGCGGCAACACUAGUAUGCAUCCAUCGGGGGAAAUUGGCCUUGGUCUCGAGCGUGUGGCAUUAAGCUAG